AUGCGUUCCGCCACAUUGCUCCUCGUCAUUUGCAACGUUCCGGCAAUCUUCGCCACUUGCAGGUCCGUCACGCAGCCAUGCACUAAUUUUCAAACUUGCUAUGGGUUGGAAAUGGCAUCGACCUGUGCUUCUGACGAGUACGUGAGUCGCGAAGGAAGUUGCCAGUCUGUAACAUCUGCUACCAACAGUCACGUCACGUGCGAGUGUUGUAAAAAAGAAGUGAAAAAAAACCCGUUCGUCGGGGGUGCUGGGGCGAAACCCAGACCUUUGAAGUUGAAGGCGGCAAGGCAAUCUCGUCUCACAGGAACAAGUGUGUCAGCUAUCUGA